AUGGCGUACUCCAUCCACACAUCAGACGCGUCUUUCUUCGUUGAGUCAGACGAUCAGAGGAUCAGCAUGCGGGAUGCCGCCAAAAUGCUUGCCCGGAACAAGCAGGAGAUGAUCGCCAACGAGCUCUCAAGGCUCGCCUGCGACGAAUAUCUCGAGGACAUCAUGCAGCACAUGCGUCACAUGGAGGACGAAACUCUACCUGAUGCCAACCUGAUCGACAUGCAACGUGAGAUCCAGUGGUUCAUGAGACCGUACCUCAUUGACUUCCUCAUCGAGGCCCACGCUGCCUUCUCCCUUCUGCCGGAAACCCUAUUCCUUACUGUCAACCUCCUCGACCGGUACUGCUCCAAAAGGGUGGUUUACAAACAGCACUACCAGCUCGUCGGCUGUGCAGCCCUGCUGAUUGCCGCCAAGUACGGGGACAAGAAGGAGAGGGUACCCCAGAUCAACGAACUCAACAACAUGUGCUGCGGCCUGUACGAUGCGGGCAUGUUCACACAGAUGGAGAUGCACGUCCUCAACACUCUGGAUUGGAUCAUCGGCCAUCCGACAGUCGACUUGUUCACGCAACUCAUCGUGGCCGAGGAACGGGAUUCUAUAGAGGUGGAGCAUAUGGCGGCCUACAUUUGCGAGAUUGCUCUGUAUCACCGCGACUUCGUCUCGACAAAGCCAUCGAUCAUGGCAAGAUCUUCACUUGCCCUGGCCAGGGCAAUCCUGGGCAGGCCAGAGGUCAACGACGGGGAGUGGGAUCACGUCGAGAACGUGACCCUGUUAACGCUAUCACAACACCUCCACCAGCCAUCAGUCACACUGUCACGCAAGUACUCCAGCCCGCACCUGUCGAGGGUAUCAGGCAAGCUUGCCGACUUCUUGGCACAACAGGCCGCCAUUGCCCGGAGGGGAGCGCCACCUUCCCCUCCGUGCGAGCCUGCCAUGGCCGCCAAGUCUGUCGACGUCUACAGCACACCGCACAAAGGCCUCGGCGCCGUGCCCGGCGUUGCCGACGGAUACAUGACCCCGCCGAUCACGCCAGAUGGUGCCUGCUUCGCCCAGAACGGGGGCAUGGCAAAGGACUCGUACCAGAUACCUCCCCGAUACCCUGUUACGCCUACCCCUCCGCCUGGCCAGGCUCAGGGGUAUCCGCAACAACAACAACAACAACACAUGCAGGGCCACACCUAUUUCGACGUUGGCCCAUCAUCACACAUGGCAUAUUAA